GUGUUUCCACUUUUCUACUUGGUGGCAGGGAAUCAGCUCCGAAUUCUAUCUCUAAAAAGCACCUUGGAUCCCAGUCUUUCAAUGGCUACAAGACAACCAGAAGUGCCUGCCCUUGGGCCCAAUGGGCCUCUAGGCAAGAUGUCCCUGCCAAUCGGGAUGUGCCGCCGGGCGUUCAGCUAUGACGAAGCCCUGGAAGAGCCCGCGCCCAUGACCCCUCCCCCGUCGGACAUGGGCAGCAUCCCCUGGAAGCCAGUGAUCCCCGAGCGCAAGUACCAGCUUCUCGCCAAGGAAGAGGGAGACGCCAGUGUGUCCCCCACGGCCGAGGCCACUGAGGGUGCCGACAAGGUGCCGGUGGUGAAGGCUAAGGCCACCCAUGUCAUCAUGAAUUCUCUGAUCACAAAACAGACCCAGGAGAACAUCCAGCGUUUUGAGCAACAGGCAGGGCUGAGAGAUGCGGGCUAUACACCACACAAAGGCCUCACCACAGAGGAGACCAAGUACCUCCGCGUGGCAGAGGCGCUCCAUAAACUGAAGCUACAGAGCGGAGACCUAACAAGAGAAGACAAGCAGCCCGCCUCAGCCCAGUCCACCCCGACCAGCACCCCGCAGUCUUCCCCUAAGCACAAGCCCAGAGGCUGGUUUACAUCCUCCAUAGCCUUUCCUGGCCCGAAUCCUAGCACCAUGGAUCCCGGAAGUGGGGAUAAGGACAGAAACAUGGCGGAUAAGUGGAGUUUCUUUGGACCAAGGCCCCUGCAGAAGUCUGAUUCCGGAGGUUUCACCCUCCAGGCCUACAAAGGGGCGCAGAAGCCCACCCCCAUGGAGCUGAUCCGUGCGCAGGCCACCCGAUCGGCCGACGAGCCACCCACCUUCCAGCCCCCCAAGAUGGAUGCCCCCGUGACAGAAGGGAAAAAGCCACCGCCACCUCCACGGACCCACACUCUCAAACCCCGAGACUUCAACGUGCUCACACCCACUGGCUUUUAGCGCACACCCUUGUCCCUGGAAUUCUGUCCUCUUGGUUAUGGCCUAGGAGUGGUAUCUUCUGACUGCACCUGCUCAGCUGCAGCUAGACAUAUGCAGUGAUUUUCUUUCGAGCAAACCAGUAGCUUUGGUCGUUCUGUCCCGAUGGCAACUGUGGUGUUUGGGGCUCUCGCCCUGUGUGGUUCUGUAGCUCGAGCCACAGGUUUUUGACCCUCGCUUACUAGGUGAAUUAGGUGUAGCAAGUCCCCAACCCAACUCUUGAGUCUUUCAAUCAACACGACCAAUGGCAUCCACGGCCUACCUGAUUGGUUAGGGGCCCAGGGUCCUGUUUUGAGAUCUGGGCAGUGAACACGACCCCCACUUUCUAGGCUGGAACUAGAGGUGACUUGUCUGUUUUUGGUUUUUUAAAUCAACGCUAGUGGAAUCAUGACUCACUGCAGCGAGGUUCUUUUUGUUCCUUUCUAACAAGCAGAAGCCUUUGGAUGUCAUUUGGAGAAAAUGGAGAACUACGUCCGUCUUGCUAAGUGGAUACUCAUGUUUUCUUUCUUGGGGGUCGGGGGGCGAGGCUGGAAAUUUGAUCAGGGUCUCGUGCAUGUUCAAACGCUUCAUCUAGGGGCUGGAAGUUUUGAGUAGAUGGACCCAUUAAUCUGACCUCAUUUUGAUUUCUUUUUCCAGGCUUG